AUGUUUGAAAAUACAUUAGAUGUAUCAAAUUUACGUACAAAUGAUGAGCGACGACUUGUUGACUAUUUGAUGACAAAUUACGACAACAAUAUUAGGCCAGUGCUUAACGCCAGUCAACCAGUUAUUAUACGAUUGGGUAUUACGUUGACACAAAUUUUUGAUUUGGAUGAGAAAAACCAAGUUCUCACCACAAAUGUUUGGUUAGAUCAGGAAUGGAUCGAUGAGUUCCUCGCAUGGAAUUCCUCAUCGUUUGGUGGGUUAACCAAAAUCCGUAUCCCCUGUGAAAAGAUAUGGAGACCCGAUAUUGUACUCUAUAAUAGUGCCGACGAUUAUACACGAGGCUAUAUGAACUCACGCGCCAUCAUAGAGCCCAGUGGUAACGUGUUUUGGCCGCCGCCCACCAAAUUCCGUAGCACGUGUCAGGUAGAUGUCACGUACUUUCCGUUUGACGAUCAAAAAUGUAAACUAAAACUCGGUUCAUGGAUUUAUGAUGGACUACAGGUUGAUGUACUGAAUAGGACGGCUGAGGUAGACAUGUCUAACUAUAUACCUAACGGGGAAUGGGAUCUACUCGAGGCCAACAUUGAACGCAAUGUUGUCUACUAUUCCUGUUGUCCGGAACCGUUUCCCGAUGUGACCAUAACGUUGACCAUACGGCGCAAAAUAUUGUACUAUACCUACAAUGUUAUACUUCCCUGUAUGAUGCUAUCGGUGCUCACACUACUAGUAUUUUGUAUACCUCCCGAUUCGGGCGAAAAAAUAGCACUCGGAGUAACCGUAUUGUUGGCCUUUUCGGUGUUUAUGUUAGCCAUAUCGGAAAAAUUACCGGAAACUUCCGAAUCUAUACCAUUAUUAGGUAUAUAUUUAACAGUCGUAAUGAGUAUAACAUCGAUAUCGGUUAUAAUGACAGUAAUUGUACUAAAUUUUCAUUAUCGUGGACCACAACGUCGUAGAUUACCAAGGUGGCUCAAAACAAUUAGCACAUUAUCUAAUAGUACAUUAAAACAUUAUUUUCCAUACAUGAGUAUAACCAACAAAUAUGCAAUGGGUGCUGGUGGUGGUGGUGGUGGGGGCGGUAUCGGAGGUGUUGCCACAAACAAUACAUUUUUUAAUUUAUCACACAAUGUACAGCCAGAUGAUCAGCAGUCGGGUGAUCUACUGGAACAGCAUCUAAAAUAUAGACAACUAUGUCAACAACAACAACAUUUACUACAACAACAACAACAACGAGAUCAACCAUUGUAUAACAAUAUCGGGAACAGUUGUCUACCGACAAACCCGAUACCACUGAUCGAUACGUAUGGCCAUCGAUACGCACAGAGUAGCGAAUCGUUGACUAAUAUUGAAGACAAUUAUAAACUAUUUCUACAUAUGAAUCGUACAAAAUCUUGCAAUCGAUUAGCCAAUAAUAAUAUUCAAACAAUCAAUAACAACAACAGCAGCUCAGGUACAACACCUACAGCUACGGCCAAUACACCUAUCGGUGCUCAACAACAACGAUCGGGUAGUAAUCCAAAAUCACAUAAGUGUACAUCUAGUUGUGAUAAUGAUUGCCAACAAAAACAACAACAUCAUUGUGCCAAUUAUGAUAAGUUGAUGACAGCUCACGAGGAACUGAUCGACACAAUGUGUCGGUAUAUGCUAUGGAAAAGUGAACUGAAAGCCGGGGACAGUGCGGUAAUACACGAGUGGCGACUAUUGGCACUGUUUGUCGAUCGCAUACUAUUCUGGAUAUUCUUUAUCAUAACGUUUUGUUCAUCCGUUAUGUUUCUGAUAGUCAUUCCUAUACAACAACGAGGCUUUCCAUUCUAUACGUAUACAUAG